ACUGCCUUACUUUUUUCUUUUGUGCUUUUUGUCCCGGUGUUGUGAGUGAGGGUUGCUGAGAAUGGCCAGGACCAAGCAGACCGCCCGUAAAUCCACCGGCGGCAAAGCCCCCCGUAAGCAGCUGGCCACUAAAGCCGCCCGGAAGAGCGCGCCUGCCACUGGGGGAGUGAAGAAGCCUCAUCGCUAUCGCCCCGGCACUGUAGCCCUGCGAGAGAUCCGCCGCUACCAGAAAUCCACUGAGCUGCUCAUCCGCAAGCUGCCCUUCCAGCGCUUGGUGCGUGAAAUCGCCCAGGACUUCAAGACCGACUUGCGCUUCCAGAGCUCGGCCGUUAUGGCCCUGCAGGAGGCCAGCGAAGCCUACUUGGUGGGGCUCUUUGAGGACACCAACCUGUGCGCUAUUCACGCCAAGAGAGUCACCAUCAUGCCCAAGGACAUCCAGUUAGCCCGGCGUAUCCGAGGCGAGAGAGCUUAAAAGCUUGCUUACACCCACCAGCUUUUGGCAACUAGAAAACUAUUACAAAAGAUCCAAAGGCUCUUUUAAGA